AGCCAAGAAGAGGUAAGAAGAGGUAUGUAAAUACACAACACAGCCAACAGCGACAGAAAACAAGCAGGAGAUUAUGAAUGUAUGAUAUUAUUGAGCAGGAAGAAAGGAGUGGAUAGGACCGACGAAGAAAGCCAAUUUAAAUUAAAAUUAUACGUAAAGAGCAGCAGCUGAAACUUACUCAUUGUCAGAAGAUGAGGAUCGAAGAAAAAUGAACCAGGAACGCACUAUCGUUAAUAGAGACAGUACUGUGUGCGCAUCUGCAAGCAGAAGAUGUGAUAGUUUUAACGUUAAGCAGAGGAAAAUUCGGAAAAUCCAACAAAAUCUCUUGUUUGAGAAUACCCAGCAGACAGAUGAAGUUUGCAUUCACAUCCCUGCCCGUCCUCAAUGCUUUGCUGAACAUCUGGAAACUCGAAAAGAAUUUGCGAGUCAACCUACACCUAAUACGCAGAGCUACAAUAAUAGAUCAACUCCAAAGCACACUCUUCCCCUGAAAAUGACUAUUUCAAGAGCGGCCAAACGAAAACUUGACUUUGCAGCUGCCCCAAGAAGCGAAUUUCCUGGGCAGGUAGAAGAGGAUUCUCUUGAAGAAAUCUUUAAUCAAAAUCCAAUGAGGCUUUCAAAUCCAUUCCAGCUGGAUGAGUUAGGGACUAAGCCUGGCAAUAACUUUGCCAGCUCAUUCGAAAACUCUUUCAAAACAGCUGAAAGUAAUUUCUUCAGUGAUGCAGGAAAAUCAAAUUUCUGCAUUCCCCACAAUAAUUUCAACUUGGACUCUGAAGAUGAGCUUGAAAACUUUCCAAGCUAUGAUGAUUUGCUUUCCAAGUACAGCUUGAAUACAGCGGAUGAGAGCGCCGUCCAAAAUUCUUCGUGGACUAGUGAUGGCGAACUAGAUGGUUUCAUUGUGACAGAUGCAAAUCAGUUGCGAAACGACUUUCCUAACUCUUCUGGAGAGUCGCGAUGUUCAUCUUACUCGCCGCUGCUUGCGUCAUCGCCGCCUGAAAAGCAGCUUUUGCUAGAUGCUUCUGAUCUCUGCGCUAAUUACCAGUCUCUGUCUCAAAAUUCUUUGGUUGAUGUAUGCCAAAAAGAGAUUGAAAGUCAACCUAUUGAGAGUGAAGACUUGUCAACUUUCAACGAGAAACUCCAAAGCAUGAGCGCCGAAGAAGUGAUGCAAGUGGUGAGGAGACUGCAGCAACAGCCGUGAGUACACCAUGGUUUGGGUUCUGUGCGGUAGUUUUAAAUUUAAAACACAUUGUUUUACAAAAUGAAUGCACACUAUAAGCAAAAUAUUUUAUUUUAUGCGAGAGACCAAGUACAUUUCUACCUUGUAAAAUUGUUUUAAAAUAAAUGUAUAAAUAUGA